AUGGGUGUUGAUACGGUUGCUAAAUUGAAACCAAACAUUUCAGGGAAAAGAGCAUUUCGUCCAAGUUCCCGUGCAAAAUAUGUUACAGAACGUCUUCCUUAUCAAAAAUCCUGGAUCCACCUCUGCCAGUCGGCGCAUUGUGCUUCUGUAUUGAAAACAUGUGAACAAGCUGCUGGAGAUUUUGUUAGCGUGAAAAGUCCGAAUUUUCGGUUAGAAAGGUUGCCACCCAAAAAUUUGUAUACUAUUAAAUCAGAGGUUUUAAUCGAUCAAGAAUGGAAGAAUACAAGCCCGAGGGCCAGUUUUGUAAAGGUGAAUGGGAAAGGGGAGCUUAAGUGGUAUUCAGAAAUGCUGCGAAAUUGUGCUGCAGACUUGUGUUUGAGAGAGGGUAGAGCGAUUCAUGGGCAGAUAAUUAGGAAUGGGACAGAGCCCGAUUCACACUUAUGGGUUUCUUUGAUUAAUUUUUAUGCAAAGUGUGGAGCUUUGGUUUUUUCGCGUCAUGUGCUUGAUCAAAUGCCUAUAAAGGAUGUGGUGUCAUGGACUGCUUUAAUAUCAGGAUUUGUAGCUCUAGGGCACGGGACUGAAAGUUUUGAAUUGUUUUGUGAGAUGAGGAGGGAGAAUGUGAGGCCUAAUGAGUUCACUUUGGCAACAGUAUUGAAAGGUUGUUCAGUUUGUUUAGAUUUGGAGUCUGGGAAACAAUUGCAUACAAAUGUGAUUAAAAUUUGUGCACUUUCAGAUGUGUAUGUUGGUUCCACUUUAGUUGAUCUUUAUGCUAAGUGUGGAGAGAUGGAAUAUGCAGAAAAUGUUUUCCUUAUGAUUCCAGAACAAAAUGAUGUGUUGUGGAAUUCCUUGCUUAAUGGUUAUGCUCAAGCGGGUGAUGGAGAGGCAGUUUCGAGACUGUUAUGCGGAAUGACAAAAUCAGAGACGAGUUUGAGUAACUAUACAUUGUCUAUUGUUUUAAAAGGUUUGGCUAUCUCAGGCGAUUUUAGAGUUGGCCAGGCUGUCCACUCAAUGGCCAUUAAGACAGGAGGUGAACAUGAUGAUUUUAUAUGUUGUAGCCUUGUUAAUAUGUACUCAAAAUGUGGGCUAGCAAAAGAUGCACUUAGUGUGUUUAAGAGGAUGGCCAAUCCUGAUAUUGUAGCAUGGAGUACUGUCAUUAGUAUCCUCGAUCAGCAAGGUCAGAGAAAAGAAGCAGUGGAGCUAUUUCACUUGAUGAGGCAUUCUGGUGUGAGGCCUAAUCAGUUUACCUUUGCCAGUCUCAUUAGUGCUGUCACCGAUCUUGGUGACUUGAGUUAUUGCCAAAGCAUCCAUGCCUGUGCUUACAAAUUUGGUUAUGAAUCUGAAGAUUCAGUCAGUAAUGCAUUGAUUGCAAUGUACAUGAAAUUUCAAGCAAUCUAUGAGGGAUAUCGUGUCUUUAAUGCAAUGACUCAUUGGGAUGUAGUUUCGUGGAAUGCCCUCUUAUCAGGAUUUCAUGAAGAUCAAACAUCUAAUCAAGGACCCAAACUUUUCAAUCACAUGCUUGUUGAAGCAUUUGAGAAUGGUAUAUGUGCAACAAUCCAAGAUAGUCAAGUUUUGAGCCCAAUCUAUCAAAAGAAUAUUGCACUGUUCAGGAAGUACACGCGACUUGGUUUUUAUUCAAGAAAGAUAAUUAGAACAUGGCUGAUAGAUUACCAAGCUGCGACAACAAUUGUCUAUUGUUUAAGCUUUUGGUCAAGAAAGAUAAGAAAAGCAGAGGAUAAUCCUUGA